UGUAGUUGUUAAAACUGUCCUUCACAGACACUGUGAGUUUACAGGCAUGGCGAGCGGUAGAAACGCUGGUGUAAUGACGGAGACUGACUCGCUCAGAUAUGCUGAAUAUGCAACGAAAACAACGAGCAGAAGUGACACGGAUGUUGACAAGAGACUAGGUGGAACGUUAAUGGCUGUUGGACUUGGUGUUGCAGCCGCGGCAUUCGCAGGCAGAUACGCAUUCCAGUUGUGGAAACCUUUAGGACAAGUAAUUGCAGAAACAGCCAAGAAAAUGCCAAUGUCAGGUUUUUCAGUUUACUAUAAAGGAGGAUUUGAAACGAAAAUGACCAAACGAGAAGCCAGCCUUAUUCUAGGUGUAAGCCCAACAUCUAACAAGGUAAAGAUAAGAGAGGCCCACAGAAGGAUCAUGAUUUUAAACCAUCCUGAUAAAGGCGGAUCUCCCUACUUGGCAGCAAAAAUAAAUGAAGCAAAAGACUUUCUGGAUGCCAGCAGUCGAAAGUGACCUCAUUAUCAUCUGAUUCAUGCUGUUCCGCACAACAGCUUUUUAUUCCAUCUCAUCCAGUACAUCCCUUUGUGAGGAAUGUGGGUGGAGCUGCACACACACUUUGGACAGGAUAUACUUCUGGAUUGUUUAGGCUUUAUUAUAGUGUAUAAUCAUAGCUGCGAGGCUUGUGUCAGAAAAUGUUUUUUUCUGCUGUCUCUUUUACUGAAUUGUACAGUGCUUUGUGAUGUUUGAACAUGAAAGGCGCUAUAUAAAAUAGAUUUAUUAUUAUUAUUAUUAUUAUUAUUAUUAUUAUUAUUAUAAUAUUACUGUAAAGGAAGAUGUUGUCCAGGAAGCGUCAUGGCGAAGGAACAUUAUAGGAAUAUCAUUUUUUGCAUGUACCCGAGUAUGUUCAUGAGGAUUACAAGGAUAGAUUUUUUUCAGUACAACGUUCUCAUUCUUGGUAACAUGGUGUAUAACAUGGAAUUUCCAUGGCCUUCAGAAAAUAGCUUCAGCCAAACUUGAACAUAUUGCCUUUCUCCAUUUGUGUUUUAAUGUAAGCCAGCUACUUUCCAUUCUUGCACACCUUUAAAUUCAAAUCUACAACAAUGCUCUAUUAAUACAAUUGAAAGAGUACCCUGGUAUUCCAUUCAUUGUAUAACCUUGUCAUGAUGGUGUUUUUGUUAUGGGGAUGUGUUUUGUGUUUUCUGCUAACUUCCUCUAUGUGGAUUUUGAUCAAAUACCAGUUACAGUAAUUACUAUAAAAUAAAAUAAAAUAACAUAGUAAAUAUAAAUCUAGUUUAUUGAGUAGUAAAGAUAGACAGCUGUUGGUAGAAUUAAAUAAGUGCAUAGCUCCUGUGUAUGGUUCUGAUGGAAAAAGGUGUGUCAUGGCCAGUUUGCAACUACAUUUUUAAGUUAAUUAAAUUGCAAGGGAGUUAAAUAAAAGAAAAUACAAAUAGCCUA